UUGAAUCGCAUUAACAUUAAAUAAUCAUGAGAUUGAUUGUGAGGUUAAUUAUUUUAAUCUAUGAAUACCGGUAGUCCUAAUAUAAUUUUUUACAUUUUGUUUGUAACUUUCUUAUAAUAUUUGUGGAGACAUUGCUCUUAGCUCAUGGCACAAAAAUGGCAAAAUGCCACCCAAAAAAACCAAACAAACAUAAGUAUUAAACUUUAUGUACACUGCACAGAGGCUGAAGUCAUUGAGCGUGUUCCCAUGCACGUUUAUACACCGAUUGUGCUUAAUAACUUAAAACAUGUAAGAUUGUGUAAAUAAAGUUUUUCUUUUAUCACCAAUUGGGGCAUGUAAAUGUUUUGCCCAUUACCCCGAUUUGCAUGUAAAAACCUUUACGGCAUUCUUAUCAGCUUAUCAAAUGUAAGCAAGUGUUGUGCACAUGCCAGAGAAAAAUAAAAUGAUUUCAAAUCUCAUGUAAAUGGUGGUUUCUUAUGAUUUAAUAAUUUUUUUUAAUCUGAGUUUUGGUAGUUAACAGCAUGUUGCUCUGCAUGUAAAAUGCUCAUUAUGAUUGGGAUCAGGCAGCUGACUCAGAAGUUACUUUGCAAGGUCUCACCUCUCACAGAAGAGGCCAAGAAAAGGGAUGCAAAGAACUGUCUACUUUAAGACAAUGGAGACAAUCGGCAUUUUACCAAAUGGAAAAUGAGAGGAGGGGAAAUUGACUAUCUGUUUCAAGGGACAUUUAAAUAAACCUGACUCAAGUCAGUAUGCAGAUACGUCUAGCCUGCUCCCCAGCUGUUUCCUGUUACUGAUUUGACAAACGCACGCGCCUACCCCCAGUGUUGACGGCUGCUCUCUGUAUCUCCAUACUUGGCUUAACCCUGGUUUGUGUGAGCUCUCUUUGCCACCCACAUAGAGUCUGUGUGUGUGCGUGAGUAUGGGUGUUUUCGCUUGUUUGUGUGUCCCAUGUGUUUCUUGCUGAAUUGCAUAUGUGCUCCUUUAAGACAUGCUUCUAGUUUGCAUCUUGAAAGUAUCUGAGUAACUUAUUAGUCACCAAGAGUGCUUUGAAAAGUUUGCUUGUAUGAUCCCUCCCCCUGUAAACUAUGACUCUUCCAAACUCUCAGGCUCAAUACUGUGAAUGUGUGAGCAUUCAGUCUUGUUGAGAAAGCACGUGUUAUUCAGUGACUUCCAGUAAAAGGAUUGUGUUACAGGCCUGUUAAAGUUUUUAUUACUCAUACUGAUUCAUGUGCUCCUGCAACACCAUUUGAGUGUAUGUAUGUGUGUUGAGCAACAAGCCAUGGGUUUCCUCAAAUUUUGGGAAGUGACCUCACUCAGCCUUUGGCAACACAUAGGCUGUGAUAUCACAGACAGGAAAUGCCACUAAUACCGGCAGACACAAUAGCUUUUUAUGCUUAAUGAACAAAGCAAUAAUGCUCAGCUAGCCUAUACAAAACAUACAGAAGCUAAGUCCAUUUUAAGUGUUCUAGACAUUUCACAUUUCAUACUAGUGGAAUGACACUCAUGUAAAGAAUAGUUCACCCUUAAAAAUGUAUUUAGUCAUUUACUCACCCAACCACUUGUUGUUUCAAACACAAAUAACUAGGGCUAUAUUUAUCGGGGGGAAAAAUCGAUAUCAAUGGAACUUUUGAGUAAUCUUCAAUAUUUAGCCUAUGUUCCACAUCUAGACGAUGGGAUCAGAUACGUCUUGAUAAAAUGCAGUCAAUUCGGCAAAGUUAUACACACGACUAGCUAACUGAAUAACUGUCAUGAAAUCAGCCUGUUAGGAAGGAUCAGCUGACUAGCGGCUAUAUAGCCCUGCUGUCAUGGAAUCCGGUAAUAAGGCUUGGUAGCCGCUAGCUAGUUAUUCAGCUAAUAUGGUAUUGUUGUGUACCGAACAUGACAACACUGAGAAUUCAAUACGGCUAUUGAUACUAUACAAUUUUUUUCAUGAUCUAUUGCACUGUAACAUCUGCUAAUUUAAAGGCAAUAAAGUGUUUCUUCCUGUGAUGUGUAUUGGCGGUUGGCAAUCCAGCUUAUGGUGCAUUACCACCACCUACUAAGCUGGAGUGUGGAGCAUCAGAAGAAAGUCUUUCGGUGGAGUCAAGUAUCAGCAGAAGAUGUUGAAAUUGGUGAAAUUUCAUCAAAAAGAGGUCACACGUACUUUAUGUAGAAUUAAAUACUGUAAAAGUAGCGGACCCUCUGGGGAUUACUUGUAAACAAAUAAGUUGUUUAAAUUUAUUCUUGAGGUCUAACAAACAAGUGGAAUGCAUUUCACCCUCAUUAAUUGUAGGAAAUGUAUGUAGUGAUUAAUAACAAUCUGAAUUUUUUUUUUUGAUGAAUCGCUCAGCUCUACAUAUGAAUGUCCAAGCUGCUUUCUCUACAACAAAUCGGCAAAAAGACGGACGACUCUCCCAGUCCAAAGAGACAGCGGCUUUCCCAGCAGUCUGUACUGGAGUUUCCCUCAGCCCCGCCUUCCACACCCUCGCCACCUAUACGACCAUGGGAGCUUCCACCCAGUCGCAGACCACUCCCUUAUCCCCACACACACUACCACCCAGAACGCUGCCACACACCUGCACGACACAGACGCAGUCCUCCAGUGCGGCGACAGCGUGGCCGGCGGGAGCGUAUAUCUCGACACCAGCCCCAUCAUGGUUCCCCUGGUGGUGGGCAGGACGAAAACUAUCGUCACCCUCCUCACCCACAUUCUCUUCAUCCUUAUGGCCAGCCACCAUCUCACCCUCCACCAGGCCUCGAUGAGCCCCGGGCCUUUCACCCCCCUACACUCUCACCACGGAUGUUGCAUCCUCCGCAGCAGGGAACCAUGGUGAUGGACCUCCAUGAACAGCUCCCUCAGGGUACGGUGCCAGUAUCAUACACAGUAUCUCCAGUACAGCCCCACGGUCUGCCUGCUCCCUUAUGUACGGGACAACAUAUCCCAGCAUGCUCCUCUCAGCAGCAGGUGCCUGCCUGUUCUGUGGUUUUCAGUGGACAGCAACACUACCCAAUCUGUAGCGUACCGGCUCCAAUGUUGCCAGCGUGUUCGGUGCAGCAUUUGCCGGUGCCAUAUGCGUUUCCCUCUCUUAUUUCCAGUGAUCCACCCUUCCUCCUUCAUCCUCCUCAUCUCUCACACCAUCCGCCCCACCUCCCCCCACCUGGACAGUUCUUACCCUUCCAGACACAACAAUCUCGAUCUCCACUGCAAAGGAUAGAGAAUGAGGUAGAGUUGUUGGGGGAUCACCUGUCUGUAGGUGGAGGAUUUAACUACCCUCACUCAGGGCAUCCCAGCCCUCUGCCCCCUUCCACCCCACUGCAGUUCCUCUCCCAUGAACCCCUGCCCCAGGAGCUCUUUGGAGUGCCGUAUCCCCACUUCAUGCCACGACGAAUCACAGGCCGUCGCUACCGCUCUCAGCAGGCAGUACCUGCACCUCCUUACCACGCAAGUCUGCUGCCCUACUUCCUAUCUGUUCUUCCAGUCCAGCCAACAGCAGUGGGUCCAGCCAUUAGCUUGGAGCUGGAUGUAGAUGAUGGAGAGGUUGAGAAUUACGAGGCUCUGUUAAACCUUGCCGAGCGUCUUGGAGAAGCAAAGCCUAGAGGUUUGACAAAAGCCGAUAUCGAACAGCUGCCUUCCUACAGAUUCAACCCCAGCAACCAUCAGUCUGAGCAGACUUUGUGUGUGGUGUGCAUGUGUGAUUUUGAGUCUCGUCAGCUGUUGAGAGUCCUGCCCUGUAAUCAUGAAUUCCAUGCCAAGUGUGUCGACAAAUGGCUCAAGGCAAACAGAACCUGUCCCAUUUGUCGAGCAGAUGCCUCGGAAGUCCAACGGGAUUCAGAGUGACACCCUUCACGGAUCACACACACACAUACAUGCACACCACUAUACACUUAUCUUAUUCUUUUACUCUGUUACAUUUAAAUUAACUUCCACAUGCAUAAUUACUACUCGCACACAGACACUGCUGCAAACAAUUCAUAAAAACUGUAUGCAUCAAAAUCAUUUAUUUGAUAUUCAUCUAUGGAAAAAAAUACAUACGUGUCCUUUUGGUUGUUUGAUCACUAAAUCUUUGAGUGGAAGUCCAAAGAUUCAUAUUAUCUUUCUGAUUAUGUUCUGGUUCUGAUAUUUUAUAUAUAUAUAUAUUAGUAUAUAGUUUAGUUCUCCCAUUUGGGUGUGGGUAUGUUGCAGUCAUGUGCGCGUGUUUGCGUGUGCGCGUGUUUGCGUGUUCGCGUGUGUGCGUGCGUGUGUGUGUGUACUAACAUUCCCAGCUAUGUGAGCACACUUUGGUGUGGUGGUCUUUACGAAGGUUAAUGUUGUGAGCAUGGGCUUUUAUAUUUUACCAACAAAUAUAGCUAUAUAUAAAUAUGUAUGUAUGUAUCAAUAUAGAGAGGAAAAUGACGAAAUUCCUAAUUUUUUUUUAAAGAAAAAAACAAUAUGGAAGUCUGUUUCUGUUUUUCCACAAAUGAAAAAGAUAGCAAAAGAUUCAAAUUCUAGCUAUACAUGAAGGGGGGCUAUCUAUACAUUUUGUGUAGGUCUUGUUUAAUUAUUAUUUAGCAGUCUUUAGAGAAAUGUGUGUGCGUGCACGCUUUUUUUGUGUGCUUUUGUGUGAAAGGGAUUGAAUUUGUGUGUAUUCGAGAAUCAAUUGUGUGUUAUUUAUCUCAUGUGUGUGGUACAGAACACUGGCUUGUCACUCUCACUUCUCGUCUGUGAUUGCCUGAGGAUGCGCACUGACAUGACUUGUGAUUGGUUCGGAGGGGCAGUGGAAUGUUAGAAGUUCUUAUUAGAUGUACUAUCUUAUAAGAUUGUUUCCCCUCCAUCCAUUCACUCAGUUUAUCCUGCUGCAACCUUUAUUCUUCAGUUUUCUUAUGCCGCCUGUCACAUUUUCCAAAUAUUUAUGCCAUCUGCAAAAAUCAAACAUACAAAUUUUGUUCAAUAGGAAUUCCAAAUGUAUAGCCUUGUCUUGCAGAUUUUGUAAACGCAGCACAACUCGAUAGAGAUGUGGGAUAAAACUAUGACCACUUUUCUCAUUAAACACUUAGGGCACAAUAGCACCAUUUUUAGUAUCAGGUAGUUUUCUAGACACCGAUUAAAGCCCGGUCUUAGCCUUAAGUCAUGCUUUUUUUAAAUGGCCUACCUGAGGUUUCAAAUUUGCCUGGAAAAUGUAACUUUGUAGCCAUGUUAUCCACAGCACCCUACAGUUAAGAAAAAGUAACUUUUAUUUUUAUAUUUUGAACAUCAUUUGGUUUCUUAUACCUUAAGAUUCAUCAUUUGGGGACUAUAUAUGUGUGCGUACAUACGCUGAAGACUGAGGUUACAUUGUAGCAUUUCUGUUUCUUUAUAAAGGGAAGCACACACAUUUUGGAGGACAAAAGGGAGGGCACCACACACACACACACCGCUAAUACAGAUAGGUUAAAAUGCUUGUAGAAUUGUGAUAUUGUAAGUACCUUCCCUCUACAUUUUUGUCUUGCAUGUCCAUGCAUCUCUGAAAGGCUGUUGGUUUUUUAGCAAACAAUUUACAUCUCUACUUUAUCUUUGGUUUUGCUCGCUCACUGCCUGCUCUAUACAGUUGACUAUUCUUUACAAAACAGCCCUCUAGCACACCUACUCGUACAACCUCCAUAUGGGUGUUAUAACCAUUCAUAGCUAUGUGUGUUACUUUAUAUUGAAUGACUGAGAUCCAUGUUAUGACCUAGGGGUGUGUGUUGGAGUGCGUGCAUGCCAUGCAUUGUUGUCAUGAAUGGGUAUAACUGCCUCUGUGUCACAUUAUGUAGGCUCUAAGACUGGUGUAGAAAGUGUAGUCUCAGAGCCUGCAUUGUCUUAAUGAGAGAUGCCUUUAAACCAUUCUCCAGUGUUGUCUGCUUUAGUGUCAUAAGUCGAUGACGACCUCAGAAUUUUGAAAUCUUUAUACUUUGCAAACAAAUGUGCAUUACCUUACUUAACAGUUGUCAUUGUAUUAUAGAAGUUUUAUUUUUCCCUGCUUGGUACAAUAGCAGUUACCUCAGUUUUACUAUUUAUGUUUUUCCCCUAUUCUUUUGCAAAACCAAUAAGAGAGCUUAUGAAUUCUCUUGCUUUUGUUUAUUGGUCGUUUUAAUUCUUACCAUUAAAAAUACAAUUGUAUCAUUUAACAUGUUGUAGUUUCAUAUGUAUAAUAUCUGUAACCAAAAUCAUUUGAAGGCUUGAUAUAAAAAAUUUUAACAAACAUUUGUACAUUUUAAAUUUUUUUUUUUAAAUGAGAGAUAUAACUAGUAAUGCUUUACUAAGUAGUGCAAAUGAUAUUCCCAGUCUUUUGGAUUUCAAAGGGUGGCUCGGUAAUAAAUGUAUAAUGUUC